AUGCACGCGCACUACACGCGCAGCAAAUCGCCGGUAAAGAAGAAAAAAAUUGGGCGACCGGCAAAAUAUUCGAAAUCCACACAGGAGGCUGUAGUUCCAACUGAACCUGUAAGUCACUUAUGUUCAAGCUGAAAACUCGAUUAUCACUAGACAAAGAAGGCGAAGCCUCAGCCGAUAGAGCCGGAGCCUGAGAAAGAGAAGGAAGUGAUCGUGGAUGUCGUCGGACCUGAUUCUCCGGAAGAAGAUGUUCCCGUCGACACGGAAAACUUUGUGCUGCCGAGCACGACGUCCAGCGGCGAGGAGUUGACUCCGCGGAAAGGUUUCCAUUUCGUUCUCUCUUUGUGUUAGUAGGUAGAAGAAAAUCUCAGAAAAUACCUGGUGUUGAAGAAAAUUUUCAAUGAAUGAAUGCAUUUUUUUAAACCUUAAAAGAGAGAACUGCAUCUUUUUUUCAAAUUUACUUUGCAAGCAAUCUUCUUUUUCAGCAUUUACGCCUUUCUUGUAUGAAUUAUAUUUUACCGAAACGUUGAACCUCUAUCUUUUUUUUUUGACAGGAGGACUUUCUUAACUUUACAGGUAUUGAAAGAAGGUGUAUUGAAAAAAAGGCAAAAAAUAAUCUGCCUACAGGCUCAACUGGACUUUUAGAAUGAACAGUUUUUUCCCUAGCAGUACCACUACAAAUGACAAAGUAUUCUUGGCGUAUAUUAAAAGAACUCUUUCUCUUUUUUGAGCUUGAAUUUUUUAUGAUUCUUUCUUUCAAAUAUUUAAUUUGAAAAAAAAAAUGUGAACUAUAUGUUCUCUUUUCCACGUUCUCGAUGUGAAGACAUGAAGGGCGAAACCCACCAUUAUCUCAUCCAUGACUUGGACGUCUCAAAAUAGUAGCUUUGCGAAAUCGAGAAAAAAAAAUUGGAGCUAUCGUUAAGAUUGAAGAAUUAUGGGCUAUAGAUAAUUCAAUUCAGUCAUUAAUUUAAAAAAAAAAGUCAGUAGGGAUGGUAAAGAAAGUCUUUCCACAGAGUUCUCUAAAUUUGAUUUCAGUUGUUCCAAAUCAUGGAAAAAUCCAUUCUUGCACCUUAAAGAAAAGCUCAAAAAUUAUAUUUCUUGCAGAUUUUGCUGGGAAGCUUGCUAUGAAAUUUUCAUUUGUGAGAAAAUAAAGAAAAUCAAAGCAUUUUUUUUAAAGAUAAAAGCCUCAAAUGUCCACCAGAGCCUCUUGAUUCAGACUUUUUUUUUCUCAAUAGAACUCUUCAGAAACGGCGGAAGAACACGCGGAAACAGUGUACAGCAGUUUUCCCAGCCACAUCAUCCCGGAAACGUUGAGUCGCGUCACGAGAACGCCGACCGUCGGGGAGAAUCUCCUCGUCCAGCGGAUGCGAAACGGUCGCCUGCGCGUCCAAGUCAAGGAUUCCAACACGAAACACUCGGUGAAGAUGUCUUUCGAAUCUCUAUUUCCGUUUUGGAAACUCUGAAACUUUUCUUUAAGUUUGAGAAUUUUGGGCGUUUUGAAAUCUUUUUCAGCAAAGUUUAUCAACUUUCCGGGCUAUAAUUGAGGCACAAAAUACCAAAAUCUCAUAUUCCUCGUGACCGAAACUCACGUGAUUCGCUGUUAUUUUUCUCUAGAUCUCUUCUUUUUUUUUGCCGCUCUCAAUAUUGAUAUCGCUCAUUUUUUAUCUACUUUUUUUGAACUAAAGUUAUUUUUAUAUACUCUCAUCGCUGAGAAAUGGAAGCGUUAGAAUAUUUCUACAGAAAAAAAGCGAAGCGCGUGCGUUGCGGUUCACCGAAAUGGUAGUUUUUGAUUUUUCACCAACUUUUUCUACAGACAAUCUUUUCAUGAAGAGAUAAAUUAAUUUUCUAGACUUUUUCGUAGUUUCGUAACCCCGUGAUUUCUUAAACCUCUUUGAAGAGGGAAAAUUUUUAGUGCAGAUUUUGUCCGUAAUUAUAUUAUCAAAAAAAAAAAAUAGUUUUUCGAGAUUAUCUCAUUUCAAACCCUUCAGGUCUACUGCGCGAUGUCGCAUUUGCGCUGUUUUGUGUGUUCGCGACGAAUGGAAGCCGGAGAGAUGCAUUUGAAUUUCCCGGCCGACUUGGACCGCCGUCGCAUCUGGGCCAAUCUUCUCGGCUUCAAGUACAAGGUUUUAUCAGCUUUUUUUGCGAGAAUAAAUUCAGACUUUGAGGAUAUCCUGCGCGUCAAAACUUCCAUUGCGGCGAAUCCGAGCGUCUCGGCUGGGCCGAUUUGUUGCGACCAUUUCACGGAAGAGUGUUUCAGGUAGGAAUUGAUCUCUGGAUAUAUUUUCAAAGGAAAUGUUUCUUCAGAACUUACAACUUCAAUAAAGCAGCGAUCGAGGCGUUUGGCGUUCCCGCGGCCAUUUCUCCCGAUGUCAAGACGACGCCUUCCAAAAAGAGGUAUAGUUGGAGUCGUGAAAAAAAUAUAAUGCGAGUUUUUUUCCCAAAACAGAAGAUUAAUCAAAAACAAUCUUUUUUUAAAAAAGAACAACUUUCGCAGAAUUUUUUAAGUUCUCAACUAAUCAAAAAAAAAGUUUGUUCAUUUUGAGAUCUCCAUGGAAUCGACCUAUUCUCUUUCAAAACCGAACACGUAUUUUCAAAAGAACUGCCAAAAAUCCUUCGUUUCUCAGGGUUCCUUGGGUCUGCACGAUUUGCGGGGACUACAGUAGCUGCAGUGUGGUCGAUUUGCAGAAACAUCUGCUCGAACAUGUCGCGGAAUUCGUCAAAAAAGGAGUCGAGGCUCGAAAUAUCACAAAGUAGCAACUUAAGCGGCUUCUUUAGGUGCCACCUUCUGGCUUCAUGUGUCCUUUCUGUCGACAGUGUACUUACGGCUAUCGGACUGUUUCCGGAUUUCGAAGACAUCUCAUUGCGCCGCCCGUCAUGCACUGUCACCUGAAGUACGAUUCUAGUUUUUUUCAAGUUUUGCAGAUUUUUUUAUAAUAGGGAAAAAUAAAAGUGAGCUAUAGAAAUGUAGUGAUAUGCAUUAUAAAAAUGAAUUUUUGGACUUUAAAACUUUCUUUAAAACAAGCGAGAGAUCAGAGGGAACUGGAGAGACCCAGGUUUCUCGUCGUCCGCAGUCUCUGCCCAUUUUAUAGUUUUUCAGAGACUAUUUUUACUAAUCAUAAUCAAAAAAAGUUGAAAUUUUUUUAAUUAAAAAAAAUUUGUUUGGUGUCAGUUUUAGCCUUUUUCUUUUCCAAAUUUCUUGUUACGAAGCUGGUUGGAUUUUUUUCUAGAGUUGCUUCCUCAUUUUUUAACUUCGAGUGGUGUUAAUUUUUUUAGAAGAAUAUUCGAAUUUGCUAAAAUGAACUGUCGGUCAGCCGAACUCGAGCCGAAGGACAGCUGGGAGAAUUGGACUCAAAGAAAUGUUUAUAUCGCCUAUCACGGCUGCGAACCGCCGGCCAAUGAGAUCAUUGCCACGCCGACACCCGUCAAGUCUCCAAUAGUCAGUAGUUCAUUAUUUUUAUCAUUUUAAUAGAGGAAUUGAUUCGAAAAGUCAGUUCAUUGGCUAAAAUAUCGUUUAUGAGCGUUAUUCUUGACUUUUAAGUGCGCUUUUCGGUUCGGAAAAUACUAAAAUUACGGCUAUUUUCACUAACGUUUUCUACAGACAAUCUUUUCAUGGAGAGAUAAAUUAAUUUUUCUAGACUUUUUCGUAGUUUCGUAACUCCGUGAUUUCUUAAACCUCUUUGAAGAGUGAAAAUUUUUGGUGCAGAUUUUGUCCGUAAUUAUAUUAUCAAAAAAAUUAUUUAAAAGUUGGAACCGCGGCUUCUCGAAUCCUUCCUUCCCUUGAAAAUAUAUAUUAAUUGGUUGAUUUUUCUGAUUCGGCUAAAAAAAUCCGGUCACCCUAACAAAUCUACCAAAAUUUAGUUUUUUUUUUUUGCUGGUUUCUAUUUCCGAUAAUAAGGCGUUUCAAAACCAUCUCAGUUUCCAAGUUUUUCGUAAGAUUUUUUUGAAAUUUUUUUAGAAGUUUAAGAAUUUGAGAACAACAUUAUUAUCAGCAAUUUUUUUUUUUCAAAAAUUGAGGUUGGCGGGAUUCCAGGUUACAAAAACCUUCUCAUUAUUUUGACCUUGACACUUUUUCGCCUUGAAGGUUUUGCUCUGAUACAUUUUUCUCGUUUGCUCCGAAAAUCUUCUCGCUUUCCAGAAGUUCCAUCCAAAGCCCAAGGACCAAGAGAAAAAGCGAAAAGCCGUCCGAGCCCUCGGAUUUGACGACGUCGACGUCGAACGCCUUCAAAGGGCUGUUCGAUCUCAAAUCAAGAAAGAUGUCGUCGCUGAGAAACCGAAAACUGGAGUAGUUCCCGAGAAGAAAGAAAUCGUGAAGAAGGCCAGUCCGGAGAGAAUCGCGGAGCCGGAAAAGGCGCCGGUCACUCCGAAGAAGUCGCCGAAGAAACCAGCGACGCCGAAGAAAAAGUGAGGAGUGUUCAAAUUGAACCCUGUUAAAGGAAAAAAAAUUUUUAUAUCUGGAACUUCCUAACCUGUCUGCGUUUUUUUCCCAAUGACUUCAUAGAUACGUGAAAAUAGCACUUGUUUUGUUUUGACGAGCGAUAUUUUCUCAAUCAUUGAAAACUUUAGAAAACUCAAUUUUCGUUUUCAUAUUGAAAAACGAAAAUUCAUUUGUUUCAGGAAAGCUCUGAAAAAACGAGGAAAGCGGUCGCGUUCUCUGGACAAGCCAAAGAAUGUUCAAAAGGUUUGUAUUUUGAGUAUAUAUUUCUUUUGAAGUAAACUUGCAGGUAUCAGAAGGCUCAAAAACAGACACGGAGAGGGCAGAGAGCAGCGCGGACUCCAGCGUUUUCAGCUCCCCGACGAAAGAGCCGCCGAGGGAUCCGAAAGAAAUCGAAGCGGCGCUCAAAAUGAUGGUCUCUUCGCGCUCCGCCGCAUUCCGCAAGAUGAUGAGCUCACGUCUGCCUAUUGUGGUUAGUUUUCAGUGUAAUAAUUCAUUUUUGAGAUUUAAAAAAAGGUAGAAAAAAGAAUUAAUAAUUUUCAACUUCUUCAAUGAAAAUUUCUCAGAAUUAGGUGUCUUUAGUUCUUGAAAAAAAAAAGUCACAAAGUAGUAUUUCUCUACUUCUAUUUUUUCGAGCCUCAAAAGCAUAACUUUCCGAUUUUUAUUUAGGGAAAAUAAAUUAUUUUGACAUUUUUCCUAACUCGGACUAGUCAAAAUCACUCGUUUUGUUCCUUUCAGACAAGAAAACGACGGGAAAUCAUUCCGAAACCGGUAAAAACUUCGAAAGCUUCUUCGGUUUCUAGCGACACUGCUGAAGCCUCAACUAAUGUACCCGAAAUCACUUCAAAGGUUUUUUUCGUUGGACAUUCAACAUUAUCCAGUUGUUUUCAGCAAGACGACAAACCCGGAUCCUCUCAACAGCCGGAAAAGUCAGCAGAAUCCAGUCAGGAGACGGUGUCUUCGAGUUCCGGGACCACUGAAGCGAGCUCUAGCCAAUCUGGCCAAGAAGAGCCGGAAAGGAAGCCCAAGUCGCUGAUCGCCCAAGCAGUCGCCGCCGGGAAGGAGCCGCCGCUUGGGUCGUACCGAUUGACGAGGGAAAUCCCGCCUCAGGAACCCUCGUCCUCGACAGAAGACCGAGAACCUUCACCGAAAAAGAUGCGUCUGGACGAAGCCCUGAUGACGUCAUCGGCCGACACUCCCGUGAUUCGUCCCGUGGCCAUCCCAGCUGAUCCGCCUCGAAUCGUCACCGAAGAUUCGACCAACAUUGCUCCACGGCUGAUUUCGGCCCGAGCCAAACCUUCCGUCCUUCUCUCUUCUUCCAUGCGACAGAGGCCCAUCCCCUCGCUCUUCAGAAUGAAUGCUCGGAAAGACGCUGACGUUCAAGCAACCACUAGAGGUUUUUUUAGCAAACUUCUUGGACUCCAGUAUAUAUUUUUUUUUCAAAACAUUCUUGCUGGAAAUUCCAAAGAAGAACAGACAAAUUUCAUAAAAUUCUUGUGGAAAAAAGCUUUUUUCAGUGAUAUUUUGGUACAACUCAAGUUUUUUUAGAAUGAUUAAACGAAUUAAAUUUUUUUACUUUUUUUAUAAGUCUUGUCUUGUUUUUUUGACACUCUCACAAGGUUGCGGAAUAAAAAUUAGAGAUUUGAAUGUCAUUAUUGAAAUAUUCAAAACUUUCGGUAGUUCUUUUUCAAUGUGGAUUUUUAGGAUCCACCUGCUAAUUAGGGGAAAAAGCUGAAAUACCAUAAAAAAAUAAAAAAACUCUUUAAAUAAAAAAAUAAAAACUCUUGAAAUAAAAACUCUUUAUAAAAAUAAAAACUCUUGAAAUAAAAACUCUUUAAAGAAACUUCAGUGAAACCGAUGACGUUGGUUGACGCUCUGGCCAGUGCAAAAACGAGCACGACCUCCACCGUCGGAGAUGCCGUGGAUCAGGUCUUUUGAAGGGAAUCGACAGUAAUUUGAUCCCUCUUCUUUUCAGCCUCUUUUCCUCCAAGGACCUUUGGUGCAAUACACUGCUCGGCGACAGAUUAAGAUGAUUCGAACCGAUCGAAAAACUGCGCGACAACUCGAAGCCAUCGAAGCCAGGUUUUUUUUUUUAUUCGAUUGAAGUUCACAGAAAUACGAUGAUAGCAUAGAUUUUCAGCCUAAACGUCGAGAAUCAGAGUAAUCGACGCACUUCUGUUGUGGCAAACCACCAGUAAUGUAGCAUAAUUAGAAUUCAAAAAAAAAUUGAAGAAUACGACGCUUCUCGGAACGAAUUGCGCUGGCGCAAACUUUCCUAUGGCUCUGUACAUUUACGGUGUUUUUUUCAAAUCUCCGAACUCAGGCACUGACGGCGCGUGUUUGUUGCCAAAAGUGCGCAUGCGCGCCGCCGGCUGCGCGCACGCGCGGGGUGUCACUUUUGUUUUUUAGCUUUUUAACUAAUUGAAAAGUUAUAAAUUUAAUAUUUUUCAUUUCUGUUUAUCUCUUAACAUUGCUCUGCACCAGUUUAUAACAAUUAUAUUGCACAAAAAUUUGAAAUAUCAAAGUUUCACUCGGCAAUUUUUUUUCAUAAAUUUGUUUGAAAGUGCUCGGAACAAUUUUAAAACGUGAGCAGGAGCACUGGGUAGUAUCACAAAAAUAUGAAAAAAAUAUUUCAAAACCGUAUUUCAGUGGAAAAGGCGAAAAAAAGAAUCAGUACCCCCGCGCGUGCGCGCACCAGUGCCUGACAAGUCUCAAAUUGCUUUUUUUCGAUUUCCGCAGUAUGCUAUACAAUAUAAUUUAUUCUAAUCAUUCAGUUUUCCGUUCAGUUGAGCCUUCAUCAAACGUAACCCAGUUUCCUAACAGUGUUCAAAUUUCAUCGAAACUUAAUCCUUAAAUGAAUUUUUAAUAAAUUUUUUUGAAGGAUUCGGCUUUUUGGCGAUACUUCUGAAAUACCUGAAGGCUAUCAAAUCAUUGACACUCCGAUGGGAAGCCGUUUGGUUAGUUUUUUUUUUGUUAUUUUAUGAUGUUAUAUAUAAAUUUUAUCGUUGUAACUUUUUCUACGAAAAUUCUUGUUUCAGGUUGAGAUCGACGAAGGAAACGUGCGAUUCUAG